GUCUCCAACCUUUUCGGGAAGGGGAGUUUGGACUGUUUGGAGUAGCGUGGACUCCUGCCGCCCUGGACGGCGGACCUCCCGACUCUCCGCGAGAGCACACGGGACGAGGGGUCCUCUCUCUCAAAUGAUACGGCGCGAACUGGCUCGGGUUCGCGGAGCGACGCGCUCUGGUGCGACACUUCGCGGCACGUCGCCGUGAAGGGAUGCGCGUUCGCGGAACCAUCGAAUCGCGAUCGCCGCCGCGUUCUCUGGGAAACGAGAGGACAUCUCCCUUCUGCCUCUCCCUCCGUUCCUCCCACCCGCCCUUCCUCCCCCCGUCUCUCUCAGAUUCAUCCCGAUCGUCCGUCGUCGUCGGUGACUCGCGUUGGAAGGUGGAGAGCACGACGGGACGAGAGGAGGCACCUCGGUCCCCGUCGACAUGGCCGUCGUCGAGGAGUUCGAUUACCUGUGCCGCCUGUGCGCGACCAAGACAGGCAUCCUGAUGGGCCUGCCGAUAUUCGAGGCCGGCGAUCAGAUGCGCAACAUCGACAAGAAGAUAGCGGCCUGCCUGCCGGUGCAGGUGUCGUUGACAGAUCAACUGCCCAAAGUGGUCUGCCAAGAUUGCGCGUACAAGCUGGAUCAGUUGUUUGAUUUCCGUGAGAAAUGUCUACACACGGAAAGGAUGUUCAUGGAGAUGCUGAAGGAGAUUGUCAAGGACGAGAUCGUGCACAUAACCGAGCACGAUCUGGCAAGCGUGAGUGACAUGGGCACAAUUCCGAGGAACCUGAAUAGCAUACAGAUUAAUAACGACAACGUACAAAGCCAUUCGGCUCACGAGGCCGCGGAAUCCACCAUGCAUACGAUGCAAGUGAUGGACGAGAUGGACCUGGCCGGUGGCGAACAAGUGGUUACUCAGGAAGAGAUGGGUCAACAGGACGCAGAUAUACAAGGCAUUGACUGUCUAGACGGUGAUACCGUGAGGAUGGUCGAUGAACACAUGCGAGAAGUUUCAAAUCAUCAGAUCACAAUGCACUUGGAUAGCGAUAUGACUGUAGUGGGAAACCUGGAUGGCCACUUGAGUCAAUUAGGGAUAAAUUAUGUUACUUCUAUCAAUCCUGAGGAUCAGAGCCAAGAGCAGAUUGUGCAUUACUGUGAAAAUGUAAAAUACGAGACGGAUCCGAUAAAACAGGAAUACCACAGAUUGCAAGACAGAUUAACCACGGAAGAGCCGCAGCACGUACUAAAAAAUGAUGUAUCAGUAGAUAAUUUCGUCUCCCCCCAAGGUGAAACGGAAAGUGAAAUAGAGGAAUCAUGCAUGAACGAAAAUGGAACUCACGAACACGUGGACUCCGUGAAUUUACCAUCCACGAGUCAGAUAAAUGGCGUACCUUGCGAAAUAAUGGUUAAAUACACGAAGAGAACGAAGAACGCGUUAUUGGAAUCUACGCUUAGCAAUCCUACUAUAGACGAGACCGGUUCGCACUGGUACGUGUGCCCGUUUUGCAACGAAGCAGCAUUGGAGACGGCCAAUCUAGCCGCGCAUUUCGAGCAGCACUUCUGCUGCUGUUCCUGCGGCCUAUAUUUUACCAAUGUCGAGGUAUUAAAUCUACAUAAGGAGCAGUGCGAUGUAUAUAAAACUGAGGUGGUAGUCGAUAAGGAGAAGAAGGACGUGCAGUUGAACGCAGUGGUGUCGUCGCAAGAGAGCAAUGACAAUCAGGAGGGGCCGAAGAAACAGUCGACGGCGCGACGGAAGUGGACCGCGAAGGUGUGCACGGAAUGCGGCAAGCAGUACAAGUCGAAUUACAAGCUGCAGGAGCACAUGCGCAAGCACACGGGCGAGAAGCCGUUUCAGUGCACGACCUGCGAGAAGGCGUUUCGCAGCAAGAUCGGCCUCGCGCAGCACAUGGCCACGCACACGGGCCAGUUCGACUACAACUGCUCCACGUGCGGCAAGGGAUUCCAGUGCAAGAGCUAUCUCAUUGUGCACCAGAGGGUGCACUCGGACCUGAAGCCGUACUCGUGCACCAAGUGCAGUCAGAACUUCAAGACGAAGCAGUCGCUGCUGGACCACGAGAACCGUCACCUCGGCGUGAAGCCGUACAUGUGCGAGAUCUGCGGCCGCGGCUUCAUCACCAAGGGCCUCUGCAAGAGCCACCAGAAGAUACACUCCGGCACCGACAAUCGCCAGUACCCGUGCGCGGUCUGCAACAAGAUGUUCGUCAGCAAGAGCUACCUGAACACGCACUUGCGCAUACACACGGGCGAGAAGCCGUAUCUGUGCGAGGUCUGCGGCAAGGGUUUCCUCACGCGGGUCGACCUCAGGAUCCACUCGACCAUGCACACCGGCGAGAAGAGCUUCAAAUGCGAGAUAUGCGGCAAGGUGUUCGCGCGACGCGCGGCGCUGCGCUGCCAUCGACGCUCGCACACGGGCGAGCGCCCGUACAGAUGCGACGUCUGCGGCAAAACGUUCACGCAGUUCAGCCCGAUGGCGAUUCACAAGCGCCUGCACACCGGUGAGCGGCCGUACGAGUGCGACGAGUGCGGCAAGGCCUUCGUGUCCCGAUCGACCAUGAUGUCUCACAGAAAGAAGCAUCACGUCACCGCGAGCACCGCGCAAAAGGAUGCGGUGUCUGUGCCGCACAACGAGGACGCCGAGGUCAAGAUCAUCCUCUCGUCCGACAUCAUAGUCAGAGAGUCGCACGAAGGGAUCCAAAUUGCAGAUUGAAGUUACGAGUGGUAAUCAGUGGCAAUGACGUACGAAUCCUGGCGAACUGCGUUCCGGCGCGCAGUUUGGGUGCUAAAGAAAUUUCAUUCGCAUUUGUUAGAACAAAUUUCAUUGAACUGCUUUCAUCACCAUAGUGUAUUCUGUCUCAAUGUACAUUUUCAAAAACUUUAUAUAAAGAUAUUUUUACAGCGUAGUUUUUGUGGUAAAUGAAGAUUGAAAGUUAUAUUGAAUUAUAUUGAAAUGCAGCAUGCCUUUGUAUAUUCAACGAUACCAUCUCUUUUAUUUUUUUUUCGUGGCAUCAUACUGUAAUUCCAGAGCCUGUAAAUACAAAUCUUUUAUAUCCAA